ACUUCUUGUUGUUGCAGUGAUUAGCUAGUGUCUACACAGUGAUGGGUGUGAAAGCAGGAAUGGCUGCAUGUCACCAGGGCUUGUGUAAUGGUGAAGCACCUGUACAUACAUGUCCAGAGCUGUCAUUACUACACAAGUUCAGCUUAAAAAAAAAAACAGGAAAGCGGAACAAGACACAAUGACAUGAGGAUUAGUAACAGCUCUGAUGGAGACACACACUCAGGUGAAGCUGAAGUUACGUCACACACUCAGGGUGGAGACUUCACCUGUUUGACAAUGUCUGGACUUUAACACUCGCGCUCUGAGACGGACUCUGCACUGGAGAAUUUAGGAGAACUUCAUAUCGAGAGCUAACUACUGCCAUUUCUGAAUGAGGAGUAACGAUUUUGGAUGAAGGAUCUGGACUCUUCAUGUUGUGAUCAUCCCUCAUUGAAAUGCCGCUCUGGACGUCCCAACAGCGCAAACCAGCGGCGCUCAGAUGGAGAGCGUCUGGCCGCAGAAACAGGGUUUCGCUCAACAUGAUCAGCCUUCCUCUGGCAGACUUCAAACACCUGUCCCAUAUCGGGCUGGACGGACACACGGACAGUUUCGGAGAUCUUUCCUUCCUGAAGGAAGGCCACAAUCUUCUGCAUCAGAGCUCGAGGAGUGAGCAGAAUCUGUUUCUGGCCUGCGCACCGCCGCCAAAACCACCACGGGUCAACCUAGAGGAGCCAAUCUGGGAGAAAACUGCAUCCGAGCGCAGGCAGAAGAGCAGCUCUCUCCCUCUGCUGGACAUGGAGGACGAGGAUGAGGAGCAAUAUCCGAAAACACUGAUAAACAGUGGUCAGACGCAAACUGAUCAGAUUAAGACUGAUCAGAUUAAGACUGAUCAGACACAGACUGAUCAGACUGAUAGCGCCUUCACCUUCAGUCUGGACUUGGGACCCUCCAUACUGGACGCUGUACUGCAGGUGAUGGAGAAGUCCAGUAAUAGACAUUAACAAAGCUGCAAACACCUGAGUUAUGAACAAUAACAGUAAAACAAACAUGCUGAUAAACUCUGAUCAGACACAGACUUAUCAGACGACAGACAACUUCAGUCCAGAUUUGGGACCUUCCACUCUCACACGUGAACUAAACCUACACUAGUUUGUAGUACUACUUAAAGUGAGUCUAUUAUGCAAAAAUCUUAUUUAUAAGGGGUUUAACCCCAGUUGUGUGUCAGCAGUGGUGAAUAUCUCCAGCUUCUAAUGGUGAACAUGCAUUAAUUGUAUUUUUAUAAUCUGACUUGAUAAAGGAAACACUUUGAUUG